GUAGAUUAGGGUUUAUUACUCUUCACACUUCGCAGUGUUGGUGGCACGAAGCUUUGGAAGUUUUGGCGGAAACCCUAAUACUAAGCCAUGGCUGUUCCUCUGCUCACCAAGAAGAUCGUAAAAAAGCGUGUCAAGAAGUUCAAGAGGCCACAGAGUGACCGGAAGAUCUGUGUAAAGACAAACUGGCGUAGGCCCAAAGGUAUUGAUUCUCGAGUGAGGAGGAAGUUUAAGGGUUGCACUUUGAUGCCCAACAUUGGGUAUGGCUCAGACAAGAAGACCCGUCAUUACCUUCCCAAUGGCUUUAAGAAAUUUGUGGUGCAUAACAUCAAAGAAUUGGAAGUGUUGAUGAUGCACAACAGGACCUACUGUGCAGAAAUUGCACAUGAUGUUUCCACAAAGAAGAGGAAAGAAAUUGUUGAGCGUGCUUCCCAAUUGGACAUUGUUGUUACCAACAAACUGGCUAGGUUGCGCAGCCAGGAGGAUGAGUGAUCGGAAAUUUUGCUUCUGUCCUGUGCUUGUGCAUGCAAACUAAAUGCUACAUUUUGUAGGACACAAGUUUUUGACAAUUUUUUAGGGAAUUUUGUUCUGAUUAAAUUGUCUUGGAAACUAUAUUAUACCUGUUUCAAGUUCA